AUUAAAUCAAAAGUUUACGUAUAACCACAGAGCAAAUUUACGAUAAAAACAAUAAACCAACACACAUGGUGGACGCAUCAGACGCGAAUAAUUCGAAUUGGAUGUGUUAUGCUGUGGUGUUAUGUUAAUUAUUGUUCUAGUUAUUGGUACGAACAAAAUCUCGUUGCUUAUCAAUAUCAAGGACAGCUUUACUAUAGAACAACCAAAAUUAUACCCCGAUUUACUGAAUUGAUGGUAUUUUAUGGAAGCGAAUUUGCGAACAGACUUGGUAUAGAUAUAAGACUAUAUAAUAAACCUCCUAGGUUCUACAUUCACAAUGAGGAUUGUCCUAUAAAACCAAUUACGAAAUGUAACGAUACAUUUGCAAAAAAUAUAAACGAUAUUAAUGAAAAAUACAAAAAUAAUGUUGAUACAAAUAAUAAUAAUUUAACUGCUGACAAUGAAAGUGGAUCAACUAAAAAAAUGAAGCUUACGAAAGAAAAUAAUACUAAAAUUAAAAACAAAGAAGUUAAGAAAGUAAAAGAAUCUAAACGCGAAUUAAAAAGUAAUAAAAAUAUGAAACGCGAUGUAAUUGACAAAAAUAAGAAGUCCUCCUCUCUCAAUACUGAUAAAGAUAUUCAUAAUGUCGGUAAGAACGGAACAAAAGAAAAUAAUUCGAAUACAUUUAUUGAUAAAACAGAUAUUAUUAAUAAUAAUAAAUUCACCAAAAAUAAUUUAAAUGAAAUUCCUGCAAUUAAGACUAUGGAUAUCAACAAAAAUGAAGUUCUUAAUAAUAAUUGUAAACUAUGCAAGAAAACAUUAAAAAUUCAAUGUGAUAAAAAUGAAAAGAUUGUAUGCAAAGAUUGUAUCAAAAUUGUGUUUGAAAAAAUUCAAAAUGAUUCCAAACAUGAAACUCUAAAUCAAGUUACUUGUACUAUUUGUGAUAAGGAAUUUUCUUGUGAAAGUAAAUUGAUUAGACAUAUAAAAACACACACAGAUGAAAAGCCCUUUUCUUGCGAUAUAUGUCCUUAUAAAUGUAAUGAAAAAGGUAAUUUAGUUAAACAUAAAAGAACACACACAGGUGAAAAGCCAUUUUCUUGCGAUAUAUGUUCCUAUAAAUGUAAUCGAAAAAAUGUUUUAGUUAUACAUAAAAGAACACACACAGGUGAAAAGUCAUUUUCCUGUAAUAUAUGUUCUUAUAAAUGUAAUUAUAAAAUUAGAUUAGUUCAACAUAUAAGGACACACACAGGUGAAAAGCCAUUUUCUUGCGAUAUAUGUUCUUAUAAAUGUAUACAAAAACAUAGUUUAGUUGAACAUGUAAGAACACACACAGGUGAAAAGCCAUUUUCCUGUAAUAUAUGUUCUUAUAAAUGUAAUUAUAAAAUUAGAUUAGUUCAACAUAUAAGGACACACACAGGUGAAAAGCCAUUUUCCUGUAAUAUAUGUUCUUAUAAAAGUAUAAAAAAAGUUAAUUUAGAUAUACAUAAAAGAACACACACAGGUGAAAAGCCAUUUUUUUGUGAUUUAUGUUCUUAUAAAUCUCAUCGAAAAGGUGAUUUAGUUAGACAUAAAAGAACACACACAGGUGAAAAGCCAUUUUCUUGCGAUAUAUGUUCUUAUAAAUGUAAUCAAAAAGGUGAUUUAGUUAGACAUAAAAGAACACACACAGGUGAAAAGCCAUUUUCUUGCGAUAUAUGUUCUUAUAAAUGUUAUCAAAAAUAUGAUUUAGUAAGACAUAAAAGAACACACACAGGUGAAAAGCCGUUUUCUUGUAAUGUAUGUUCUUAUAAAUCUCACCGAAAAGGUGAUUUAGUUACACAUAAAAGAACACACACGGGUGAAAAGCCAUUUUCCUGUGAUAUAUGUCCUUAUAAAUGUACAGAUAAACGUUCUUUGAUUAAACAUUUAAAACCAUACUGGUAAAAUGGGGUGAAUAGAAAUCGCGGGGUGUAUAGAAACAAACCUGAGAACUUUAAGGUCGUUCUAGUGUCUCUAUAGUCUGUUAAAGUAUCUUUAUUCCCACUAUUAAUAAAACUGUAACAUUUUUCCUUCAAUCUGGCAACAUUAAAAUUUACGUAAAGUUUAAUGACAUAAAGAAAAAAGCUGUUGAAGUGAAUGUCUGCGUACAACUGUUUAUUAACUGUGUAAAACUUUUAAAAAAACAUCAAGUUCUUCACCGUUAUCUCCUUGUCAAUUUGCAUACUUGGAUAGCUAAGUUUCUCAUCUAUUAGGAAUAAAAAGUUGAGUAUCAAUAUUCCAUCAUUUUGUUCUAAUUUUUUAGUAAAAUCGAGACUUAGAAAUUUUUUACAGAAUUCGAGGUGAAUAGAACCGAGUGGGGGGCGAUUAGACACGCCCUUAGGGUCAAUAGAAUCGAUCAAAGGUGUGAAUAGAUACGAGUGAGGGGUUGAUAGCAACGAGAAAGAGGUUAAUAGAAACAUGAUUUUCAGGGUUGUCAAUCGAGUAUUUUUUCAUCAUGACAGUUUUCAAUUAAAAAUUUUUGUUAAAAUGUUUUUCUGUGACACUUUAAUUUGAAAGUUACAUUUUUUAUCUUCAACGGCCUUAAUCGGCAUUAAUCCUUUCAACCUUUGUAAUGUUACUAACGCUACCAAUAUGAUUAUAAUUACAAAAAUUAAACUUUUCAAUUAUUGUUGAUAGUUGUUUACUGAAAAACGAAUAAGUAGGUACAUAAGUACAAUACAAGUUGAUUUUGACAACCCUAAGUUUUUUUCUAUUCACCCCUCUGUCGUAUCUUUUGACCCCACUUUCAAGGUAAAUAGAAACGGCCUACUUUUUCCUAUUUCACAAAUAAUUCUCAAAUUUAUGUAUAAUCAAAGCAUAACUAUUUGGUUAAUUAAAACGAGACUCGCAAUUUGACAAUUAUUUGAUAACAGCUUUAAUACAAAAUGUGUAAGAAAAUCAGUCUAGAAGUUGAAAGUUGUGUCUAUUAACCCCAUUUUACGGUACAUUUGAAAUGCAAUAAAAAAUAGUUUUUUUUUUUUAAUUUUAUAAAAGGUAGUUAUGUUCAUGAAGUUAUAUUCUGAAAAGUACUUUUACUACUGCAUUUUGUAUAUUUUUUACUAACCUGAUUGUUAUAACUAUAUUAUCUAAUAUUUUCUAAUUAAGUUUUCUUUUGUUAUUCCUUAUUUUUCCCUGACUUGAUUUCAUAAUUUAUUCUUAAUUUUAAUUGAAGCAUUUAAUGAAUGUAUUUCAAUAAAUAUAAUUGAAAAAAU